AUGGAACACGAAAAAUGCUACGUCUUCAAGCCGCGCGACGAGAGGCCGGCAAAGCGACGACGCACGUCCCGGGAGCUGCGCGAAAAGACGUGCCGCGAGCUCUGGGACGCGCAGCAGGAGCGCAUCGACGAGAUUGUGGACCAUGUGCACCGCGCGACGCUGACCGCCAUCGUCGACUACAUCAACGCGGCCGCCUUCGGCCAGGGCGCACCCCGGAAAAUCCCCACCGGCCUGGUCGUUGCCGGCCCCAGCAUCGCAUCGCAUGCCCAAUUCUUCGACAGCCUGGCCCAGAGGGCUGUGGGCGAGGCCGGGAGCGCCUUCGUCGCCCUGACCUCGAGCGAGUGCCCGAACUUGAAAACUCUGCUCAAGCAUCUCAUCCGCAAGGCCACUUCUGCCGACGAUGACGAUGGCGACGAGCUUGUAGCUGCCCGGCGAAAGGGCCCCAAGCUGCUCAACUAUGACUUGCAAUUGCUUCUGGAUUGGUGCAAAGAGACGAACCCAGCCCGUGUUGUCGUCACCUUCCGGGACAGCGAGGCAUUCGAGGGCCCUCUCCUAGCCGAUGCCAUCCAGUUGUUGAGCUCCUGGCAAGAUCGCAUCCCCUUCGUUCUGCUGUUUGGCGUUGCCACGUCAGUCGAGGGCUUCCAAGAAAAGCUCCCCAGCGCUGCCAUCCGGUGUCUUGAGGGGCACAAAUUCGACGUUGCGCAGGCGGACGAGGUGCUGGAGCAGGUCUUUCUCAAGACCAUCGAUGGCGGUGCCCCUCUUUGGCUAGGUCCUGAAUUGAGCCGCCAAGCUUUUGACAGGCACAAAGACCACAUACAAAGCGUAGACACGUUUGUCGAUGCGCUGAAGUAUGCCUAUAUGUCUCACUUCUUUGCAAACCCUCUAAGUAUUUUCCUCCGCUCAGAUUUGGAGUAUGAGCAAGUCUCCGGUGAUGAAAUCGAGGCCCUACGAAACGUAGACUCAUUCAAGGGACUGGCCGAGGACUUGUUGGAUGAGCGUGAUGCCGCCACCGUACGCAGUCUACUUGAAUCCGACGAGGACCUCUUCGACUACGCCAAAGAGCACAUUAUCACCACUCAAGACAAGAUCCAGGGCAUCGUGAACGCGUGCCUCACCCUAAAAAGUCUUUGCGACGCUAUCCCGAGGCUUUCGCCAAUGCCUGUGUCCGCUCUCUACAUUCGUGCAGCCUCGGGCGACCUUAACGGAUCUCCGUUGAUACGGGAUUUCCUGCUCGCUGUCAAGAAGGCCCCUUCCGAUGUGCUUUCCAAUCUUCUCGCGGUCCUCGCCGCAUCAGUUGCAAAGGAUGAGAAGGUUACAACAAUUCAAGGCAAACUAGACGAGCUCAUUAUCAGCACUGGAACUACCGGCCAGCCGCUGCGCAGUGCUCACGAUGUGCGCCACGACACAACGCGCACGACAAUUGUCGCGCAGAAGGUCGAGCUGAGCAAGCACAAGUCCGCGCUUUCGGCCACCGACACUGCUUAUUCUGAGAUCGUCGAAGAGCUCCAUGGCUGGUUGGUGGCCUAUUUUGAAAACAUGCUGGUGCAGCCUCAGAACCUAUUCCUCCAUGAGGUGGUCAUGUACGACCUCAGAAGCCCACAUAGGGACGUCUUCACGCCAAAACCGCGCAUUGCAGUUGAGAGGGCGCUGUCGGCGCCACACGAUUACCUGGGAUGUAGCUGCUGUGAGGGGGCCAAGGGCACAGAGGGGUCUCUUUCGUCGACCCAACCACCGACGGCCAUCUUAUAUCAGUUGUACCUGGAAUCGGGUAACCUCAUCAACGUCAACGACUUGUGGCUUGCGUUCAACGCCAUUGUCGGCGAGGACGAGGAAGAUCAGAGCAUGCCCAUGGCGCUAUUCCAGCGGUCGCUCGCUGAGCUGAAGUACCUUGGACUUAUCAAAGCCAGCAGGAAGAAGACGGAUCACGUUACCAAAUUGGCUUGGAAAGGCCUAUAG